AUGGAUGGGCUGGAGGUUGUCAGACCGAGUGAAAGCCGCCCCCCAGCAGCAUCUUCGCCUCGGCACGAAGCCCCUUCCCGCUGCCGGGUCCCCCGCAUCCGGCUAUCCCGGGUGUCUCGCCGAAGCCCGGGGCCGCUGACUGGGAAGGUCAGCAACGGGCGAAGCGGCCCCGCCACCUUUCCUGCCGCGGAGGAUCCCGGAAGCCCCGGACCGUCCCCACCACCUCCCUGGACCGGCGGGGCGGUGCCGACGACUUUCGGGUCAAGAGCACGGGCGGGUGGGGGCGGCCGGAGGUCGGCGAACGUGCCCGGGCCUCACCGGGCGGGCAGUGGCCGGCUGGGGGGCCCCGCGGGCCGGCGCCUGGCGGCGGCUCGGGGCAGGACCGGGGCGGGGCUGAGGGCAGUUCUUGUCUCUCCGCAGUGGCGGUGGUCAGCGGGCUUGUUCUGCUGUUUUCCUUCUCGGAGCUGCAGCGCUACGGCAGCACGGAGGUGUUGGAGUACUUGUGACGAUGUCAGAAAAGCCUACAGGUGGCAAGGCUGGGCCUCCAAGAACCCAGAGGGCAGAGAGCAUUGCAAGAGGGAAGGGUUUAGCCAGAAAAUGCAAGAGCAGAAGAAUGAGGGCUGCCAAGCAUCUGGUUUCCUAGAGGUCAACAAGAGCGUGUUAGUAGUCGCAAGAGACACUGGAGGAAUCACACCUUCAGAGGGAUCUGCCAAAAUAAAAGAAACAUGAGCAUACAACGGCACUGGAAAAGGUAUGAUCGCCUUAUCCCAAGGCAGCACUUGUGGGAGAGGGGGUUGUGAUAGUAAGACCGCCACAGAUGCUGUUUCUGGCAGUAGAAGACAGGGACAAUGUCAUUCUCCUCCUUGGAGCCAAGCAGGCUGUUUGGUGUAGUUCAUCCCCAUGUGCUGAUUAGGAACUGUGAACUGGCUGCUCUGCUCAGUGAAGCUGUAUCUGUGGGAUUCUGGAGUGUUUUUGUCAAGGAGACACUUAGAGUUUGUUCAAGCUUAGAGAUCAGAACAAAGCUGCGCAUCCGUGUCUACUGUCUUGUACUGCUAAGAGUGAGAAUGACAUCUUGAAAUUGUUGAAAUUUUGUUUGAAGAUAUACACAUGGCUUUGAAUUGCUUAAAGUAAGGUUGUAUGGAGCAGCUGAAGGCACUUCCUGCACAUUAAUUUUUAUUGGCAUUUGUACAACCCUAUGUCAUAGUCUGCUUUGAAGAAUUAAACUUAUGUAGGUACAGAUGUGGGCAAAAGCCCUCUAGGAAACUCACCAUAAAGUCAUUUACAUUUU